UUGAGCAAGUUUAAAUGGGGGAGUGACCUAAAGUUUUGUGCCUAAGUCCAUUCAUCAUAAAAGUUUACGCGUGGACCGGGCUAGGUCUACAGUCUACAUGUAGAACAUGAUGAUAAUUCAUGACUCACGUGGAACUAGUCUUACGAAGACUUAUCAGUCAAUGAAGGGAAAAAGGAGACGUCUGCUUCAAUGACGCAACUAUGGCACGAUCACUCCUUCUAAUUGGAUUCAAUAUCGUCAUUUCGUUCAAUAAUUGAGUUCGGUCAGAUGCGGGCAACCAAGACAAACGUGUGAAAUAAUGCGCGUGCGAUGCUUUUGAUCGAUGAAAAGUGAAGACUAGAUGGUCGAAAAGUCCAAAAUAAUAAUAAUAAUAAAAGUAGAGAAAAAAAGAAGAAGCUGCAGGUGAGUCCUAAAUAUAAAUGUACCGAAAGAGUUCCUUCCACUUGAACUUCUCGCUUAAGUUGAUAAGUUCGCUCGCGGCUACUUUGAGUCCGAGAGUAGUAGAGGGAGAGUGAGAAUGCAUCCUAAAGUUUAUGAGGCUGCAAAGUCAGGAGACUUUGAAAAACUAAUGACAAUAAUUUCAGGAAACGGAGAGGACUUUUCCACCAAACGACGCCAAAGCAUAACAACAUUCUCCACGUUGCGGCUCAAUACCAGCAGGUACAUUUCAUCAAAGAUCUUCUUCAAUGUCCAUCAGGACCACUCCUUCUUUGGCAAGGUAAUUACAAAGGAGACAAUCCCUUGCAUGUUGCCGCUAAAGUGGGAAGCUGCGGAGUGGUUCAAGUCUUUAUUGAUAUGAUGAAAUCAAAGCAUUGGGAUGUUCAAAAUGGACAAGUUGAUUUGUGCAAAGAGCUUCUUCGAAAACUGAAUUUGAAUAAUGAUACCGCUUUGCACUAUGCGGUAAGAGGAGGCCACACUGGGGUGGUGAAGUUGCUGAUUGAAGAAGAUUCUCAAUUGUGUGAUAUUACUAAUGCUGCUCAUGAGUCCCCGCUUUAUCUCGCAACAAAUCGAGGGCUUUCUCAUGUCAUUGAAAUAAUUUUAGGAGCUUCCUCAUUCUCCUCCUCUCAUAAGGGUCCUAAGGGAUUGACCGCUUUGCAUGCGACAAUUUUUCGCCUGCCAACCGGUUGGUGGAAAAUCUUGGAGAAGAGACCAGAAGUGAUCAAAGAAGGAGAUGAUUUAGGGUGGACUCCUCUUCAUUAUGUCGCUUGCUUUGGUGAAGUCGAAGCAGUUCGACAACUCUUGCAACAUGAUACUUCUGUGGCAUAUGAUUUAGACAAAGGGGGGGAAUCCGCUCUUCACAUUGCGGCGUUUCGAGGUCACAUCAAUGUUAUUGACGAGCUUAUUAGAUCUUGUCCUGAUGCUUGUGACAUAAUAAACACCAAAGGGCAAACGGCUCUUCAUGCAGCUGUUAUGGGUGGACGAGUAAAUGUAGUCAAGUACAUACUAGAAAUGCCAAACUUGGAGGAUCUUAUCAAUGAACAAGACAUCAAUGGAAACACGGCUCUGCAUUUGGCUGCGUUUCAUAAAAAAUAUAACAUCAUAUACAUACUUGCACGGGACAAAAGGGUAGACCGUUUGGCCACAAAUAAAGAUCAUUCAACCGCUCUUGACAUUUUUGCUGCUCACGACGAGGUCGGCUACAGAGCUGGAAAAGUUCAUCAUGUGUUGAAAGGAUGUCAUGGAAUCCAGUGUUAUCAAGACUGGGUCACUGAAUAUGUUAAGAAGAGGUUAGACAAGCAAUUUGUUGAGGGCCAACCAGUUGUCUCGGUAACCACAGGAAUUAAUACCGGCAACCGAGACAAUGUCGAUUCGUCAAAAAGAAGCAUUAUCGACCUUCAGCUACUUGUGGCAGUGCUCAUAGCCACAGUGACCUUUUCUGCGGCCUUCACGAUGCCUGGGGGUUAUUCCGACAAUGGACCCGACCCAGGAAUGCCAAUUCUUGCCGACAGGCCUGCUUUCAAAGCCUUCGUGAUAUUUAACACAACCGCAUUCUGUUUCUCCAUCCUGGCAUUAUUCUUACUAUAUGAUCCUUCUUUCUGGGGCGCUCGCCAACAGGCGAGAUACAACACCGCCGCAGGAUGUUACAUUUACUUUGCGAUAUGCGGGUUGGUGCUGGCCUUUGCCUGUGGUACGUAUGUCGUACUGACCAGAACCAACGGGCUCGGGAUUGCUCUUUUUGUUGUGUUUGGAUGUCUCCUGACUAUGCACCGCAUCGGUGUUUUCCUUGACCCCGAGGUUGGUUUCUGGUUGCCACGUAGCUCUCUCAGGAGAUUCGUCCGAAACAUACUGUUUGAUUAUGGGAUAUUCUAGGAAAGCCGCUAACAAGUUGGGCCGUGUGCACGGGAUAUUUUCAUUUUUGCAUUGUUAGCCUUCGAGUUCGGGCACUUUUAUGUCAGCUGUCAGAUUGAGAAUCGGCAUAAUAGCCAUGUAAAAAAUGAAUGGAGUUCAGCAAAGGCCAACAAGUUGGGACUUUCGUGCA